CUUCAGCGGAAGUUUCACAGAAGCCCAGAGUUUGAGGAAAACACCAGGACCUCUGUUUGCUGAAGUUGUGGUCAGUGAAAAUAGGCAUUUCCAGUGAUGCAGCUGCCCCAUGAAUUCAAUGAAAGUAAAUGUGAACUAAUGGCAGGUGGAUGGCUCAUACUGUUUGCCAUCAUGCUGAGGUUGGUGGCAGCUUGCCCUGCGUCAUGUGUCGUGUGCGCCAAAGACGUAACCCUAUGUCACCAGCUAACAUAUAUAGUAGCAGCCCCUGUGACCACGAGAGUUUUAAUCGUCACUGAUGGCUCCCUCUCCUCUAUAGAGAGCACAAAUCUGUCCCUCUUGUUUAAUCUCGCCCUGCUGUCCUUGAGCAGAAAUGGCAUCGAGGACGUUCGGGACGACGCCCUGCAUGGCCUCUCAAAGUUGCGGACGCUGCUGCUGGAGCACAACCAAAUAUCCAGCGCCUCCCUCACGGAUCGCACCUUCAGCAAGCUCCGCAGCCUGCAGGUGCUGGUGCUCAGCAGCAACGUUCUCCGCACCCUGCGAGGGUCCUGGUUCCGAAACACCAGGGGCCUGACCCGGCUCCAGCUCGAUGGGAAUCAGAUCACGAAUCUGACAGACAGUUCUUUUGGAGGCACGAAGCUCCACAGUCUCAGGCAUCUGGAUUUAUCUAACAAUUUUAUUUCCUACAUUGGGAAAGAUGCUUUCCGGCCCCUGCCUCAACUUCAGGAAGUGGACCUUUCCCGAAAUAGGUUGGCCCAGAUGCCGGAUGUUUUUACUCCAAUGAAGCAGCUAAUCCUUCUGAGCUUAGAUAAGAACCAGUGGAGCUGCACUUGUGAUCUCUACCCGCUCGCCAGGUUUUUAAGAAACUACAUUAAGUCUUCGGCUCACAAGCUCAGGAAUGCCGAGGGCUUACACUGUCAGCUGUCCACCACGGCUGUGGCCAGUGCAAAGAGUGUGCUGAGGCUGUCUGAGGCCAACUGUGAUUCCAAGGCUCCCAACCUCACUCUGGUUCUAAAGGACAGAAGUCCCCUCCUCCCGGGGCAGGACGUGGCCCUGUUGACUGUACUUGGCUUUGCAGGAGCUGUUGGUCUCACUUGCCUAGGUUUAGUUGUUUUUAACUGGAAACUCCAACAAGGCAAAGUAAAUGAACAAUCAGAAAACCUUUGUUGCAGAACCUUCGGUGAAUCCCUGUGUGCUCACGAGGCAAGAAAUUACCAAGCUAAGGGCUACUGUAACUGCCACUUAACUCAGGAGAAUGAGACAAAGGUCACGUCCAUGGUGGGGUCCAGAAAGGAAAUGCCACCUUUACAGGAAAACAGCCAGCAAGCAGCACAGGCCUCUGAGUCCACAGCCCUUGACAGAUCAUUUAGAAACCUGAAAGGGAAGGACCACGGGGCAGACAGCUCUGUUUUCUGCCUUAGUGGCAGAUUGCUGCAGUCGGGAUGUUCAGAGCCCCCCGGGAAUUCCGCAGCUUUUAAUGAAGCGGGCUUACUUACAAGAUAUUGUCCAAAGCGAGUUGAAAAGCUAAGGAAUCUUAUGUCUGGGGAAAUCCAACCUCAAACUGUGCCACAGCAUGUAACAAGAACAACAGGUAUCAGCAGUGACACAUUUAGUGGAAGAUAUGCAAUGUCCGCGUCAGCCUUGGCAAGAGAGAGUCUUGAAAAGCAUUUAAGAAAUGAAUCAUGGCAACCUCCCAUAGAAAAAGAAGACAAUGGCUUACAACCUCACAGGCAGAAACAUUUUAUUACAAGCUCAUCACCCAAGUCUUGUAAGCCUGAGGAACACUAUGUACAAAAGGUCCCACAAAAACAUAGAUCAAAACACGAAGAUCCUUGUGGACUGUUAAAACAGAGCAGAGCUAGGUAUUUUCAGCCAAACAAGUCUCUUAUCUGUAAAUAUGUGCCCUAUGAUCAAUUUCGAGAUUAUGGGAAAGAAAAGAAGCCAAAUCGUCGAGAACAUUCAAAGCUCGAGAAAGAGCAAAUCCAAAUUUACAGUGCAAUAGAAAAAUUCCUUACGAGUGAGGACAACAUGGAGUUAUCAACAAAUAUCAAGAAAACAUAUUCCCCUAAGAAGGUUAGCUUCGAUGAUCCUGAUUUAAUUGAAAAAAAUUGGCUGGUGAUGUCAUCCAAAACAUCAACCCAUUGGAAACAGCAGAAAAAUCAAAGUAACCAUCUGACCAACUUGAAUUUCAAAAAAUGUAGCAAUCCUUGGGAGAGAAACAAAGGAGGAAAAUGGCCUACUGAUCCACAGAAUGUGAAAAGAAAGAGAACCAUUCAAUCUGACCUCAAAGGGAAAAUGAAAAAACAAAAUUUAAGGAUAAAAUUAAAUUUACACCCUUUUAGAAAAGUCAGAGUCCAUCCAGAAAAAUCCUUGCCGGAACUACCAAAGAAGUACAAACAAGUAUCAUUACCUCCUAAUGAAUUAUCCAAAGCUUCUGAGAAAGAAGCCAAACUAAACCUCCUGUCCUCUGCAGAUUUUCCCCAACAGCCAGAGAGUAACAACUAUGUUACACUCACUUCAAAGGGGAUGCCUCUCAAACAUGCCCCCCAACAGACCCCAUGUUACAAAAAACCCACGAAAAAGGCUCCUCUGUUCCAUGCUAACAAGUCAUCUGUAGUCAGCCAGAGCUCUAUAGAAGGCAGCUGUCAGUCUGCUGGUCACAUUCCCGAUGCAAACCCAGCAACACCCCCUGGGCUCACACCUAUCAGAGCUGAACACAGGAACUUACACUCUCAAUUCUCAGCUGAGCAAAGGCAAGGGGCAACUCACCUCACAAUGGAAGUUCCUGGAUAUUUACCAGCUUCUUGGGAAAAUACAGGAAGUGAUGUUUUAGCAUCCUGCCAUUCCAGGGGCGCUACUGACUGGCAGACAACAGAACCCACUGAGCUUAUGGAGCAGGACAUACCAAAGACCAGUGGGUUAAACCAGUUUUCUUUGUCCUUGGAAAAUCAAACACAGCUUGUGGGUGUCCACAAGACUGACACCUACAAGGAACAUGUUUUAGAUCAAAAUCAAACAUUACAACAGGCAGAACAACGCUCAAGUAACCAACAACCUGGAAACGAAGAAAAAACAUUAAUGACAAAACCCCAAAUACCACAUUGGGUUAUGGAAAGUUAUGUUAUGGAAGAGGGAAAUCAUGUAGAAAAAAAUCUUUCUGAAACAGAAACUUGUGAUUCCUCUCUCAUUCUCCAGACACAAUCCAAGGGCAACCUAACAUUUAUGAAGACAAAUUCCAUCCCAUACCAAAAUAGAAUAGGACUUCCCAAGGAUAUCAGUACUUCUCUUAGUACUCAAACCAGUUGGCAUCUAACCAAUGGUAGUGAAAAAGGAACUGACAGCACAAGUGCAUUGCCCAGAGAUGAUGGCACUGAAGCACUGGAGAUUAAAAUAGUAGGGAAAGAGGAGAAAAAAAUGCCAGAUGAAAGCAAGGCAAAUUCUGGUAUGUUAAUUCAAACCCAACAGAUGACCUUAAAAGGAGACACAAAAGAAAAGCAGCAAACUUGGGAAAAUGGAAAAAGUAAAAAACUUACAUUACAUGAUUCAAGUUCUGUUGAGAUGACUAUUACAGCUGAGGAUUUGAAUAUCACGAGUUCCCAUGAAACCGAAAAUAGACUACCUCCCAGUGAAGUAGAUCUUCAAAUGAAUAGUAACACGCAUGAUUUGAGAAAAGCUCAAAAUAUUCAACCAGAUAAAGAUAGCAGUGCACAUCAAGAAGGCACAGUGACAGUGGCGACACAUGAAGCACUGUCCCUCUUACCAUAGUUAAAAGGCAUUAGUUUUGGAACCGAAAAUGAGGUGCCUUUAAUUCCUAGAAGAAUAAAUGAAGCUGAAAACUCUGCUCCCAAACCUACACUGUAUCCACCAUCUGCUGCAUAUGCUGAUAUAUCACCUUUAGAGGCAGAACAAAGUGAACAAAAUAACUCAAAUAAUAAUCAUUUUCUACCUUAGCUUUCUUCAAAAGGACACACAAACACCCUCUAGCUUUUGCAUGCAUUUCAAAUGCAUGAUUUGGGAGGAAAAUUCCUCGGUAACUCUUUGUUAUCAAUGAAAUAAAAGUACAUGGU